AUUGGUGUUCUCAGAAAAAUGUAGAUUUGCUUUCUCAGAGUAUAUUUAAUUAAUCGUUUGAAGACCACAACUUAGCUUUGUUUAAGCCGAAAAAGAUGCGUGUGAUAAGUGUGAAUCAUUUAAAAAUAGGAAAUAUGAGUAAAGAAGACUAUGAAGCUUAUAUUUUAAGAAAAGAAGAAGCUAGGCUAGAGAAAGAAGUAUAUGAAAAGAGAAACGACUGUUUAACGUUGUUGCUGUCUCCUAGGUCACACGUGUUGGCGCUGUACUAUAAAAUGAAACUUGUCGCACACAAUUUUACAAUCUACAACUUAGGUACACAUGAAGGCUUUUGUUAUCUUUGGAACGAUACUGAGGGUGGCCUAACAUUAAAUGAGUUUGGAACAAUUAUGUAUAAGUUUUUACAGUCACAACUCUGCCAGAAUGAAAGACCAUAAUAAUUCUGUACAGUGAU